CCGUUAGGCAAACGCACAGAACACAGGUCCCAAAGUCAAGCUCAUGUUGAAUUAGAAAACCCACAAAAGGAAUCGCUCGUAGAUCUGUUCUUGCUACUACUCUCCCAUCACUCCCAGGAGGAGUAGGAGAAGACGAGACUCCAUUGUUGUUUUUCGGGGAAAUUUUCUUUUUUUUCCUUCCGAUCUCGUUUGGCUGAUCGGAAAUUUCACUCAUUUCCUGAUCGGAUUUUCUUGGAAUCCGUAGUCGUCAUCGCUCUCGUUUCCGAUGGUAGUCGAUGGAUCGAUUUGAUCUGGAAAUCGACUGUUGAGAUGAGAUGAGAUGCAGCCUAAUCUGUUCCCAUUCGGCACAGUUUUGGGGAAUCCAUUUCUGUUCAAUGGCGGGGAUCUGAGCGAGUUUGGCGCUGAAGGGUUCGGGAGCUCUAGGGUUUUCUUCUUAGUUCCUUUCUUAUUGUCCCAAGGAGGUGGGAUGGAUUUGUCUAAGGUCGGCGAAAAGAUCUUCAGCUCCGUUAAGUCCGCGAGAUCGCUCGGGCUUUUGCCUUCUGCUUCUUUCUCCGACCGUCCUGAGAUUCCAGCCCGUGCUGCUGCUGCAGCUGCUGUUGCUCGUGCUUUGGCAGGACUGCAUCCUGAUCAGAGUAUAUCUUCAAGUUCUAAAGAACUGAGCUCAAUAUAUGGACGCAAACCUCCCCCUCAAGAAGUUGAUGAGCCUGAAGAAGGAUUCUAUGAGGAAGACUUUGAUCCAGUAAGGCAUGUUUUGGAGAAUGUGCCAGAUGAUGAGAAUGAUCUUGCUUAUUUUGAGAAGCAGGCUGUCCUGAGGCUGGCACAGCUGGAUAGAGUAGCGGAAAAUCUGUCCCAUCAUGUUAUGGAGCAUCAUGAAGUAAUGGUGAAGGGGAUGAAUUUGGUUAGAGAAUUGGAAAGAGAUUUGAAGAUUGCGAAUGUCAUCUGCAAGAAUGGAAGAAGACAUUUGACUUCAUCAAUGAACGAGGUGUCAAGAGAUCUCAUUGUAAACACUCAUUCCAAAAGGAAACAAGCCCUUCUGGACAUGCUUCCUAUUUUAACAGAGCUUUGUCAUGCAAGAGACAUGCAAUUAACUCUUGAUGCCCUCGUUGAGGAAGGAAACUAUUGCAAGGCAUUUCAAGUUCUAUCUGAGUAUUUGCAGCUGCUUGAUAGUCUUUCUGAAUUCUCAGCAAUCCAACAAAUGACUCGUGGUGUUGAGGUUUGGCUAGGGAGAACUCUUCAUAAGCUGGAUUCACUGUUGUUAGGAGUUUGCCAGGAGUUCAAAGAAGAAAGUUAUUUAAUGGUACUCGAUGCUUAUGCAUUGAUUGGUGAUGUCUCUGGUCUUGCGGAGAAGAUACAAAGCUUCUUUAUGCAGGAAGUUAUUUCAGAAACCCAUUCUGUACUGAAGGCCAAUGUUUUGGAGGAAAAUGAUGUUGCUAUGCAAAAUAGUAGACAUACCUACAGCGAUCUCUGUCUUCAGAUACCUGAACCCAAGUUUAGGCAAUGUCUUUUGAGAACACUAGCUGUUCUAUUUCAGUUGAUAUGUUCGUAUCAUGAGAUAAUGUGUUUCAAGCCAGAAAAGAAGGUAGAAAAUUUGAUCCCUACAAGUUCAGGUGCGACACAACAGAUUAAUGUAGUGGCAGGCAGUUCUUACAACCCUCAGGAUGCAUUCUCUUCAGCCCCAGAAUCAGGAUCUGGUACAGUUACUGUAGAAGAAUUCUCAACCAUGUCCCUGUCCGAUGGAACUGGAACCUCCAGUUCCAUGCAGCUAGAGUCCGACAGUAGAAUAAGUGAGGCUAGGGAUUCUAGAGAUGCUGAUUCAAGCAGUGAGUCGCCAUGGUAUUAUCUUCGGAAAGAAGGUGCAGCUUUUGUGUCAGAAACCCUCCAGAGAGGACGCAGAAAUCUCUGGCAACUUACAACCAGUCGUGUGUCUGUUUUGCUUUCUUCUCCAGCUGCUUCUUCAACAAGUAUUCAUCAGUUCUUGAAAAAUUAUGAAGACCUGAGUGUCUUCAUCCUGUCCGGGGAAGCAUUCUGUGGAGUUGAAGCUGUUGAUUUUAGGGAGAAGUUAAAGGGUGUAUGCGAAAAUUAUUUCAUUGCAUUUCACAGGCAAAGCAUGCACGCACUUAAAAUGGUUUUGGAUAAGGAGACUUGGACUAAACUUCCACCUGAUACUGUGCAAGCUAUUAAUUUUGCUGGUCUUGUGGGGGAUGGGGCUCCCCUAAUUAUUUCUUCUCGCGGAGCCUCUGCUUCUUCCAGAUUUCUUCAGUCAAAUAAAUCAAAUAACUCAAUUGUAGCAAAUGCCAAUAGGGAUGGAUUCUCUUAUUGGCUGAAAAGUGAAAACCCUUUUUUAGCAAAGUUAACUUACUACAGAGAAGAACAAGACUAUUUGUUUAGUGGAGCUGCUUCUGGAGAUCAUGAAGGAAAUGAUAGCAUUCAUGAGGAUAGUGUUUCUCCUAAUAGGAGAGGUGUAAGGCGCAUGAAUGGAGCUAGUCCUGUUUCUGAAGAUGAAAAUGAGGACCUUCUUGCUGAUUUUAUCGAUGAGGAUAGUCAGCUUCCUAGCCGCAGCUUUAAACAUGGCCGCUCAAGAAGUCUUUCUUCCCAUCUGAGUACUAGUGAUGAUUUUACAGCUCAAACAGGAUCAUCUCUUUGUCUUCUAAGGUCAAUGGAUAAAUAUGCAAGGCUUAUGCAGAAGCUGGAAAUAGUUAAUGUUGAAUUCUUUAAGGGAAUAUGCCAAUUGUUUGGGGUUUUUUUCUAUUUUGUAUUUCAAAUAUUUGGUCAAGAAAAUUCCAGUGGAAAAGGAUUUGCUGACUCUCUCAAUCAUCGUUUGAAGAGCAGCUUGUUCCGAAUAUCACAAGAUUGUGAGCAGUGGAUAAAACCUCAAUUGUCAACAUCCUCAUCUUCUUCACCUGGCUUUCCUCAUGCAGUCCAUAGUCUUAGUGAUGUGACACCUGCAAAUCCCCUGAAUAUGAUUUCAGGUCACUUAUCAGGCAUAUCUUUCGGUCUCAAGGAAAGAUGUGCUUCUGCAGACACUAUAUCUCUUGUUGGGCGGAUAUUGCACAAAUCAAAGGCUCAUCUCCAAUCAAUGCUUAUGUCAAGAAAUGGUGCUCUGGUCGAAGAUUUCUUUGGUCAACUGGUCGAUUCUGUACCUGCUCUGACAGAGCACAUACAUAGGACAACUGCAAGGAUACUGCUCCAUGUGAAUGGAUAUGUUGAUCGAAUUGCUAAUUCUAAAUGGGAAGUGAAGGAGCUUGGAAUGGAACAUAAUGGGUAUGUCGAUUUGAUGCUCGGAGAAUUCAAACACUACAAAACAAGGCUUGCUCAUGGAGGUAUUCAUCAUGAGGUCCAAAAUCUCCUGCUGGAGUAUGGGGUGGAAAUAGUUUCAGAAACGCUGGUCGAAGGUUUAUCACGAGUGAAGAGAUGUACUGAUGAAGGCCGUGCUCUCAUGUCAUUGGAUCUCCAGGUUCUGAUAAACGGGCUUCAGCAUUUUGCGCCCACGAAUGUCAAGCCGAAGCUACAAAUCGUCGAGACCUUUAUCAAGGCGUAUUAUUUACCUGAGACAGAAUAUGUCCACUGGGCAAGAGCUCAUCCGGAAUACACUAAAAGCCAGAUUGCGGGGUUAGUAAACUUGGUUGCUGCCAUGAAAGGUUGGAAGAGGAAAGUGAGGUUGGAGGUUCUUGAGAAGAUCGAAUGCUCUUAGAUCUUUCUAGAAGCUUCCCGUCGGGUAUCCUCUCGUUGGUUUCUUCUUUGUUCUGAUUGGUAAAUCCGAAGUUGGUUAUAUAUAUAUAUAUAUUUGUACAGUGAAAGGCACCUGCUUGUAACACAUUUUUUCUCUCCAUGAAAUGCCAACAAAAAAAAUAUUUUUUUUUG